AGUGAUAAAACAAUUCAAGAAUCCAUGCUUUGCUUUCGCAGGGUUUAUCUAGGGUUUUGCCGCUUCCAGUAAAAUCCCCAAAUCCUUUGCAGCUGAAUUCCAAUUCCAAAAAUUUAGCCUUCACCAAUGGAGGGAUUGAGUAAAUCAGAUGCUAAUUUGAUAGUUUACGUGCAUCCAUCGCAGAGCAAGAAUGUUGAUAAAGCAAUCCUCCGUGAACUCAGCUCUUUGCUCUUCAAGUAUUCUCAAGCAUUUGAUGGAGUUGUCUUGGCUUAUAGUGUUGACCCUCAAGAUAAAUGUGCGAGAAUUCUCUCUGGGGUUCACCCUUAUUUCGGUGUCAGACUUCGAGCAAACCUGCUAAUCUUCUCUCCGAAGCCGAACAUGCUUUUAGAGGGAAAGGUGGUGAAAAUUACUCGGGAAUCUAUUCAUUGCAUUGUUCUUGGUUUUUCAUCUGCAAUUAUAACAGAUGAAAAUAUCCGCAACGAGUUAAAGUAUAAAGCUAAACAUGGGGAGGGGGUAUAUGUUAGCAGAUAUCACAAGCGGCAUGUGAUAAAGGUUGGAGCUGUGAUACGUUUUGAAGUCAAGAGUUUGGAUGAGGAAAUACUGCACAUUUCAGGAUCCUUGAUUCCAGCUAAUACUGGAAGUGUCCAUUGGUUAGAUAAAUAUUUUGUUGAUGCUGCAAUUGACAGUAAUAAGGAGACAAAGACUGAGGAAGAAAUGGAAAUGCAAGAGCAGAUUACUGUAGGCGGAGAGACGUUGUCUUUUGUUAAUGACCACGAAAUUAAGAAGUCCAAGAAACGUAGAAGAGCAGAAGAUCAAUGAAGGCUGUUGUUGCUUCUUGUUGUUUGCCAUACUCUUUGUUUCUUUGCUUUUUUUAGUCCCAACUCUGUUGUAUAACACCGCAUUUUUUCUAUCUAUUUGUAUCCGGGGGAUUGAAUUGUUACGUGCAUACCUUAUCCAUUCUUAAUCCCAAGCAUUAAUUGACAUA